AUGAUCCAGAAGAAAGCUGUACCCGAAAUGCCUGAAAAUGCUAUAGGAUGGCUGCGACCGAAUGGCAUUGUUCCUGCGCGUUUUAAAGAACAAGCUAUGGCGUUAGAGGCAUUAUUCCAGGAGGGUCCAGGGAAGUACGCUGAAUUGCUGGCGAUGCGGAAGCAAUUCGUAAAGGAACUCAGCGCAUAUUACUGCGAUCCAGCAUUCAAGGAUUGGAAACCCAGUGAUCUCCUCCUUCCCCUCUCUCCCAAGAGGCAGAAAAGGUCUUCAGGUUCCAGCUCAGAUUCGGACGAAACAACGAAUGGCAUAAGGGUGGAAGAUUUUCGGGUCGGAGGCCCGUACCCGCGAGUAUUGCUGACCCUGCGCUUCUUCAAUGCAAUGCUCUACUCCAGCAUGCCGACCAACCUCAAUCUCUACCACAAUCGAGGCAACGAGAACGGGGUCCUGCUCACCUUAGCUUGCAAUGAAUUUGGAUUCCAAUCAAAUGGCCUCUUGGCUUUUACAACAAACAUCCUUGUUGAUGCCCAUGACGACUUUCUGAGAACGAUAACCAACUGGCAUUACCUUCCUGUUCUGAUAUCAACCACAUUCCAGGAUUGGAUUGUCAAUGCAACGGAAGUUGUACCUAAAAUCUCCAGAUUGGAGAUUUUUGCCUCAUCGAACUGA